GCCGGCGGAGGCACGGGAGAGAGAAGAGAGGGCGGGGCCAUUACCGCGCGUUAAGUUGGGCCCCUGGAGCAGCCGCCGCCCCCUUAUCCUGUCCCCUCCUUCGCCCGCCAGCCGUCCGAUUGAUGACUGGGGAGCUGAGGCGGAGGACGGGAGGAACGAGGGGAAGAGGACGAGGGGGAUGUCUCUGGUUUUCGCCGGCGUCGAGGUGGCUGGGGGGGCCACGGUGGGGCUGAAGGACCACGUUAGCCUCCCGAUGUACCUGCAGCAACAGCAGCACGCGGACAAUAACCGCAGCAGCAGCAGCAACAAAGGGGGCGAGGAGGACGAGGAGAAGGAGAGGACUGGGUUCUUUAUAGAGGAGAAGGUGAAGGAGGAGUCCUCCGAGAGCUCUUCCAUCGGUUUCCAGUCGUCCGAUUCGUCGUCGGUGAAGGACGGCGAGGAAGACGAGGUCCAGAGCAAGGCAAAGGAUGGGGCUCUCGGCUCCUUGGAUUCCUUGGAGGACUCCCUUCCCAUCAAAAGAGGGCUGUCCAAUUUCUUUUCCGGGAAAUCAAAAUCUUUUGCAAGCCUGGCAGAUAUGGCCGCGGCCACCGCGACAGACCUCGUGAAGCCAGUAAAUCCCUUCAACAAGAGGAGGAGACUGCUGAUGGCUUCCAAAACAAGAAGCGCUUCCUACGCCUCACUCGUUACAUCGUUGCCUCCUCUUCACAUCACGGAGGAGAAAGAGGAGGAGGACGAGGAAGGAGACCAGAGGAAUGGUGGAGAGACAUCCACAUUGGCUCCCCUUCCACCCCAUGGCAGCAAAGAAAGAAAGAUCAUGAAGGCUUGUAGAUCCCCUAGGUCCUUCUCCCUUUCUGAUCUCCAAAACGUUUAGUUGUUCUCUUAUUGGCAUGAUGAUAGUGAUAUAUUAUAUUAUAUAUAAAGUCUGAGCAUAAUAUAGUAGUAAUAUAAGUUUCUUAUGUUUCCUGAUCUUUCUUAGCUUUUUAUAUAUAGAGAAUAAUAAUAUAGAAUGAGUUCUUAGUGAA